AUGUCCCUCCUGCAGUGUCCCCAGCAAUGUAAUCCGGCGGAUGCCGGCAUCUGUCAUCUGGGUUCCGUCCCCUGCGAGCGUCGGGACAUACGGGGAACGGAGGGAAAUUUGAAAAUGAAAAAAAGUGACAUUCACUAAAAUCGCUAUAUCAAACCAUUUCACAUACAUUUUGUCCCGAGUGCUUUGUCCUGUGCCCUGCCUGCAUUUUUGUCUGUUCUUUCUGCCUGGAAACUAAGAAUUGUCCAUGGCGUCCAAAAAGCGUCCCUUUAGGUCAAAAUCGGUUUUAGAAAAGCUAGAGAACAGCGAUAGUAAAUCAGAACCACUUGCAGAAUUGA